CAGCUGCAUGUGUUGUGGGCAUGUCUCCUACCAGUUUUGACUGUUGAAAUAAACACACUUUUCUUUCAAAUAUGUUCCAGAUAAUCAUCUGUCAAGCGACCAAGACAUAUGGUGUCACGGAAUAUCAAGUUAGAAAAACAAAUCUAGGCCAAAAAGACGCUUAAACAGACAGAGAAAUAAGUCACCUGGUCUCAAAGCUAAUCAAUGGAAAACUUUAGCUUUACUGGAAAACACCUGAACAAGUCACGCCGAGCCUCCUCCUCACCCUCCGUCCCCUACUCCCUCCGCCCCUACCCCACCUCACCAGACUCUUCCCCUCGCUCACACCGGUGGUUGUCAUGGCGAUGGAGUCAGCCUCAGCGUCGGCUCCAGGGGUUGUUGCCAUGGAGAUCCCGGUGCGAGGUGCGCUCCCGGUGGUGGAGGAGGACGAGGGCUUCAGCGCGCCGACGCCGGGGUCCGAGGAGCGACUACGAUACCGCCGAGGCGGAGGGAGACGGCGGCGAGGGGUGCCGUUCAACCGGGGCAGCUACUACAUGCUGAUAGUGAUCGGGGAGAUCGGCACGGAGCACCAGCUGGAAGCCGCCAGGGCGCUGAUAGAGCGGGGAAUUCGAUCCUGGGACGUCGACCUCCAGUGCUGCGACCUUGAUCAGCAGCUGCAGCUGUUUAUAACCCGUCACUCCGCCCACUUCUCCUCCGAGGUCAGAGGACAAAGAACCCUCCACCACAGCAGUGAUGUCCUAGAGAUUGUGGUGCUUGUCAACCCCUCUGAAGACACUGUUGUAUCAGAGAUCCAGUCUCUUGUCACAGACUCAGCAGGACACAAGCUCCUGGUCUUGAGUGGCCAGAGCUCAGAUCACGGUGGCCUUCUUCUUCAAACUGGGGUUUUCACCUACCAGACCUUUUCACGAGUCUUUACUGAUCCUGGGGUCAGUGAAUUACUGGGCACAACAGCCCCCAAGCAGCAGGCUACACUUACUGUGUCCUGCCGCGGGGAGGUGGGCUGGAGCUCCCUGGGACAGCUGCAGAUCCUCCGGGAGUUCCUGGAAUACAAACUAAACCCUGAACCUGUUCUCCCCAAGAUGGAGGGCGUCACAGAGUUCACAGAGUACAUCUCUGAGACGGUUGACGUCCCUUCACCCUUUGACCUCCUGGAGCCACCGACCUCCGGAGGCUUCCUGAAACUGUCCAAGCCAUGUUGCUACAUCUUUCCUGGUGGACGAGGAGACUCUGCUCUCUUUGCAGUGAAUGGCUUCAACAUCUUAGUGGAUGGAGGCUCUGAACGGAAAUCCUGCUUCUGGAAGCUCGUCCGUCACUUGGACCGCAUUGACUCAAUUCUACUUACACACAUCGGCGCUGACAAUCUCCCAGGCAUCAAUGGGCUUCUUCAGAGGAAGAUAGCAGAACAGGAGGAGGAGCAGUCCCAAGGCUCCACCAACUACAGUGACUGGAUGAAGAACCUGAUCUCUCCUGAGCUAGGCGUGGUCUUCUUCAAUGUACCAGAGAAGCUCCGCAUGCCAGAAUCUAAUCUCAAAGUGAAACGCAGCAUCGAAGAAGCCUCACUAACUCUGCAGUACCUUAACAAACUAGGAAUCAAACCAGAGCCUCUCUUUCGAGUGGUCAGCAACACUAUUGAGCCCAUUACUCUGUUCCACAAGAUGGGAGUGGGCAGAUUAGACAUGUAUAUCCUCAACCCUGUCAAAGACAGUAAAGAGAUGCAGUUUUUAAUGCAGAAGUGGGCUGGCAACAGCAAGGCCAAAACUGGUAUUGUGCUGCCCAAUGGUAAAGAAGGAGAAAUAUCUGUGCCGUACCUGACAUCAGUUACAGCCUUAGUCGUCUGGCUCCCUGCCAACCCUGCAGAAAAGAUCGUCAGAGUGCUGUUCCCCGGGAAUGCACCACAAAACAAGAUCCUGGAGGGGCUAGAAAAAUUAAAGCACCUUGACUUCUUGCGCUAUCCUGUAGCCACACAAAAGGACAUUGCCUCAGGAGCUCCUCCCUCUGUUAUAAAACAGACCAAGUUAAAACAAAGAACAGAUAGCAAAGAGAGUCUCAAAUCCUCCCCGAAAACUACUGCAAAGGCGACAAAGAAAGAAACUGAAGGACAAGAUGAUGUGUCAGCUGCCACAGAGGCAAAGAGUGACUCUGUGAAGGAAAAUAUAUUAGAGAAAAAAGAGGAGAAAAAGCCAACGAAGACUAUAAAAUCUAAAACUGAUGUGCCAGAAAAGAAAAAACUCUUGAAAGAAAAAUCCUUAAAAAAGCACUCUAAGGAAAGGGUCUCAAAAAUGGAUGAGAAAAAGGACAAGGAAAAGAAAGAAAUCAAGAAAGUAAAGAAAGAUGACUCUGCUAAAAAAGAUGACAAGAAAGAUGUUAAGUCCAAAGAGGACAAAAAGAAGGACACAUCCAAACCUGAGCUGAGAAAAAUUACAAAGCCUGACCUAAAACCACUUACACCAGAGGUCAGAAAGACAUUACAUAAAGCUAAAGUGUCAAGUAAAGCCAAAACUGGAAAAAUCAAAGCAGCAAAGGCCGAACCUCCUGAACCCAAAGCAGAGGAGCCAAAACCUGAAAUUAUUCAGCCUGAACCCAUAGAGAAUGGAGCUGUUGAGGGUAUGUCCGCUCCCUCCACACCUGAAGACCUAACCAAGGAUUUUGAAGAACUGAAAAAAGCUGAUGUUGUAGCUGUAUCAGCAGAACCACCGGACAGUACUGAAGUUUCAUCUGAGCCAACAGAACAAGAGAAGCAGGAAGUACAGGAAACUAUAUCUGAAAUUCCAGCUGGCACAAAGUCUCCUGAAGAGGAGGUAACAGCCCCAGAAGUGAAAGCUGAAAUUGAAGACAAAGAAAAGGAGGCAACACAGGAGAGAGAAUUAGAAGAGGCUCAAAAGUUUGAGGAUGAAGGAGCAGCAACACAGGAUGAGGAAGAGGAAGAGGAGGAAGAAGUGGCCCCAGCUGUUGAAAAGAAAACAGAAGAGGAGGAGGAGGAAGAUAUGGGAAUAGGUGAAGAGGAAGAUGAAUCAAAAUGGAAGGAGGCAAAGGAUGAUGGGCUUGACAGAAAACAUGAGAUAGAACAAAUGGAGAAAUCAGAGCUCACAGCUAAAGUUGUGACACAAAAGGAGCUGCAAAUGACUCCAUCCAAGGAGGAGCAAGAGAAGGAAGAAGAGGAGGAGGAAGCAGUGGAGAAAGCCGAACUGGAGGAGGUGGAAGAUUUAGAUGUAAUAGCAGAUGAAGAAAUCAAAGUAAAACCUGAAGAUGUGGUUGAAGAACAAAUGGUCACUGAAAGCAAAACAGAUGAAAUUAUGACUGCAGCUAAAUAUGAGGAGGAAGAGGAGGAAGGCUACCUGUCACAUGUUGGAGGGGCCACAGCUCCCAUAACCUCAGUAGCUCAAGGGGCGGCUGCAGCUGAACCCGUCUCCUACAUCCAAGACGAAACCAUCCCUGGCUACUCUGAGACAGAACAGACCAUCUCUGACGAGGAGAUUCACGAGGAGGCAGAGGAGAGGAUACCACACCUUCAAUAUGAUGUCGGUGCCUAUGACAUCUCUGUUCCAGAUCAGACCGAAUCAUUUGUCAACAUCCACGGCAUGAGGGAAAUGCAAGCUGCGGCUAUGACCGAGAAAGGGUUUAUCCCAGCUGUGCAGGAGCAAGUAUCUGUGUUCACUAACAUCAUCACUGCUCCUCUGGCAGAAGAGGAGCAUGUGUCUUCUGCAACGUCCAUCACAGAGUAUGACAAAAUGUCCUCCUUCCCUACUUCUAUUGCUGAAGAUCAAUCUGUGGCAUCUGUCGCAGCACCUCAGGCUGAGGAACCACCCAAAACCCCUGCUCCCCUGUCAACCCCACCUGACGUUACACAAGGCAAAGAGCAGCCACUCUCUGCAGGAACUCUUUCACCACCUUCUUUAGAAGACGACAAACAACCCAAAUCUCCAUCUGAGGAUAUACAGCUUCCUCUUUUAGAAGCAAAGACAGCAGCUAAAGCUCCUGAUGCUCACGGUGCGGAGGAGGAAGAAGAAGAAGAAGAAGAGGAGGAAGACCAAACUCCUAAUGUUGACAUUUCACUUGAAAAACUCCAAGAGGGCUAUGCUUCUUCCCAAAUAUUACAGGGUAAAGAGAAAGACAUUGAAAAGCUCGCUGGCUCAGUGUCACCUGUUUCAAAGACAAUACAAGACACCAAACCAGUCCACCUGCCAGUUGAAGAAGAAAAUAUAGAUGCAGUUGCACCUAAAGAUAUUUCAUCUGUUGUGCCUACCAGACCUUUUGGAUCAGACUCAGUAACUUCAGAGAGUGAGGAGCGUUGCUUCAGUCCAGAUGAUAUCACUGUGAAAAUGGCCUCCCCUCCACAGUCUGGACCCUCAAGUGCAGCUCACUCACCAAUUCGUCAGUCACCAGUGGAAGAGAAGAUGAAGGUUUUCCCUGAUUUGGAGUUGCAAAAGGAAGAGAAGAUCCCCGAUGUAGUCACUGCAACUGAAGACAAAACCAAAAAACUAGGGGAUGAAGCAGAAAAGGAGACACAAAAAGACAUUGACAAGCAGAAAACAGAUCAGCAUGAAGUAGAAGCUGAAAAAUUUUCUGACAAAACAUUUGAAAAGGACAUAAAAGAGGUUCCAGUGACGAAGGAGCCAGAAAAAGACAUUUCACCAGUGCCAAAAGAUGAAAGCAAACAGGCAGAAACGACCCCUGUUGUUGCAGCAUCUUUAACAGAAGUUCAAUCACCCAUGUUAGAGAGGGAUUCCCUCAUCUCAUCUGCACAACGUGAGGAAGACAUAGAUGUCGGGCUCAAGGAUAAAGAACCUAAAGUGCCUGUUCCAGGUAAAUUUCCAGAGAGGGAGGGUCGUUUCUUAGAUGAUGAUGAUGAUGAUCACAAGAAAGAUGAUGACGAUCAUGAUGAUAAAUCAGCAGUUAAGAUUGUCAAAGCGGAACAUGAGCAAGAAAAGGACGACAUCUCUGAUGUCAAACAAAUCGAGGAUGAGCAGAAACAGAAAUCUGUCACUGAAGAAGAUGUUUCUGCCAUUAAGUCCAUCAUGGAUGAGAAAGCAGAGAAAGAGGCAGUAAAGGAUGAUACCUCUGAUAUUAAACCUGUCAAAGAAGAGCAAAUUGCAAAGGACACUGUCACUGUUGAUAGAGCCAUUAAAGAUGAACAAAAAGAGCCUGAAAAAGACCAUAUUCCUGAGGCCAAACCUACUAAGGAAGCAGAGGUAGAAAUUGUUGCUGCUCCUGAGGCCAAACAAAUCAAAGAUGAGCAGGAGCAGAAAGAUACAAAACAAGAUGAGGAUGUUGACCUCAAAACCAAGGAGACAGAGGUUAAGAAGGAUGAUGUGUCUGAUGGUAAGAUUUUGAAAGAAGAGGAGAAAGAGAAAGAGCCAGAAAAAGUUGGCACGUUUGAUAUUAUUCCUAUAAAGACUGAAGAGAAAGAGAUCGAAAAGGUCCAUGCCACAGAUAUCAAGCCUGUUCAAGAGAAGAUGGAGAAAGAGGCAAAGAAGGACGAUAAGCCCAUUAUUGUGCCAACUAAAGAUCAGGAGAAGAAAAAAGAGACAGAAACAUCUGACAUCAAAGUGAUUGAAGAUAAGAAAGAGGAGAAAGAGGUGGAAAAAAUAGAUGUAACUGCUGCCAAGCCCUCUACAGAUGAGCAGAAGGAAAAAGAGAAAGAGAUGGGUGAUCUCACUGUUGCUAAACCCACCAAAGAAGAAGAAAUUAUUGGUAAGGAUGAUACAUCUGCUGUUACCGUAAAAGAAGAAAAGGAACAAGAGGUCUGUAAAGAUGCUAUCUCAACCAUCAGCCCCACCAAGGUGGAGGAAAAAGAUGUUACAGUGAGUAAAGAUGACAUUUUUACUGCCAAGCCAACCACAGAGCAAGAAAAAGAGAAAGAGACAAGUAAAGAUGAUGUCUCAGUCACCAAACUUUCCAUGGAGCAGGACAAAGAUAUAACACCAAGCAAGGAUGAUACUCAGACCUUCAAACCUACAACAGAAGAAGACAGGAGGGAUGACAUAAGUAAGGAUGAUACUGCUGCUAUAAAACCUACCAAAGAAGAGGAGAAAGAUAAACUCCCAAGUAAGGAAGAAACUUCUGCUGUUAAACCAACAGUUGGAGAAGAAAAGGGACAAGAGGAGAGUAAAGAUGAUACUGCUGGCGUCAGACUUACUAAGAUGGAGGAAGAGCAGGUAAUACCAACCAAGGUAGAAGAAAAAGAACCACUUAAGGAUGCCGUCCAACCAGGUGUGGAGAGAGAAAAGGAGCAAGAGACAAGUAAAGAUAAAGAUGUCACUUCUGCUGUCAUUUCUACUGUCAAAGCAUCCGAGGAUGAAACAAGCACAAAGAUUGACAUUCCUGUGGCUAAACCCACCAUGCAAGACGAAAAAGAGGAAGAUAUCAGUAAAGAUAUUUGUGCUGUCAAAUCAAUAGAAGGAGAAAAGGAGAAAGCAGUGGAUAAGGAGGAAGCCUUCACUGUCAAACCAUCCAAGGAGGGAGAAAUGACAAUUCAGGAUCGUAGUGCUGAACAUAUAAAGGAGGAUACAGUGACAACUAAGGAAGAAAUGUCUGAUAUCAAACCAUCAAAGGAGGAAGAAAGCAAAGACACUGCUGGUGUUAAACCCCUCAUAGACAAAGAGAAGACAGAAUUGAAAGAUGUUACAGCUGAUGUAACAGUCAUCAAGGAGGAGGCAAAGACAGAGCUGAAAGACGUUACACCUGAUGUAACAGUCAUCAAGGAGGAGGCAAAGACAGAGCUGAAAGACGUUACACCUGAUGUAACAGUCAUCAAGGAGGAGGCAAAGACAGAGCUGAAAGACGUUACAGCUGAUGUAACAGUCAUCAAGGAGGAGGCAAAGACAGAGCUGAAAGACGUUACAGCUGAUGUAACAGUCAUCAAGGAGGAGGCAAAGACAGAGCUGAAAGACGUUACAGCUGAUGUAACAGUCAUCAAGGAGGAGGCAAAGACAGAGCUGAAAGACGUUACACCUGAUAUAACAGUCAUCAAGGAGGAGGCAAAGACAGAGCUGAAAGACGUUACACCUGAUAUAACAGUCAUCAAGGAGGAGGCAAAGACAGAGCUGAAGGACGUUACAGCUGAUGUAACAGUCAUCAAGGAGGAGGCAAAGGAAACACCAAAAGAGGAAACUCAUGAUACAGAGUUUAAGGUUAAAGAAGAGGAAAUGGAAAAAGAAAAGAGCGACAUUUCUGAUUUAGUGUGCUUUAAGGAGCAGAAGGAAAAGGACAUUGUUGAUACUUCUGUCAAAACCUCGAGGGAUGACAAAGAGGUGGAAAAAACUGACAUUUCUGACAAACAAAUAAUAAAAGAAGAGCCUAAAGAGCAGGAGAAGGAUGACAUCUCUGACCAAAAACCCAUUUUGGAGGAACUCAAGUACAAAGAAACUGAAAAAGAUGAUACAAAAAAAGAGAAAGAAACAGAUGCCACUGUUGAGCAAUCCAAGGAUGUUAAAGAGAAAGAGUCACCUAAAGUUGAAGCCAUCAAGGAGGAAAUGAAAGAUGAAGUCAAACAGGACAUUCGUGAAGCUGAAUCCAUCAAAGAGGGGACAGAAAAGGAGGUGUGCGCUCCAACAUUAAGCGCCAAAGAUGCGGAUAAAGGGAAGCAUGAUUAUCCUUUUGAGUCUGAACCCAAGAAGGAUGAUAAAAAAGAGCCAGCUCCUCCCAUGGCUCCAACUGUGGAAGAGGAGAAGACUAAAGAGACUAAAAAGGAUGAUAUUUGUGAUGUUACUGAUAAGCAUAUACAUGAAGAAACUUCUGAUAAGCUUCCUGAAGCUCAGACAGAAAAGGACACUUUUGGUGUAUCAGUAGAAAUGCAGAAAGACUCUUCUGUAACAGAAUCAAGUGAAGACCUGAAACCAGCAAAAGAUGACAUUUCUGUGUCUCCCCUCCACAUCCAGGAAGAGAAGAAGGAACAAGAUAAAGAAGAAAAGGUCAUUAUUAGUCAAGAAGAGAAGACAGAGAAAGAAAAAGAUGAUGCACAUGUUGCUGAACUGAGCAAAGAACAGAAAAUGGAAAAAGAACAAGAAAAAGAAUACAGCUAUGAGUUUGAGGACAUCAAAGAUGAAAAGACCAAACCAACAGAGGAAGAGAAAAUAAUUAAAGAAAAGGAUGCUGCUGACACAAAGAUGGAUGACAUCACUGAGAAAGAGAAGUAUGACUCCUCUGAUACAGACCACACCAAAGAGGAGAAAUGGGAGAGAGAGGAAUUACAGGAGAAAGACCAGGACAAAACCAUUAAACAACCUGCACAGACAAUAACAGGAGAAGCAGUGGCGUCCAAGUCAGAUUUCAAGCCUGCGUUUGUGGUUCAUUCCUCUGAUGAAGACAGAGAAGAUGAGGAGGAGGAGGAGGACAUCUGUAUGGGAGGAGCAGGCUCCAGACCUUUGUCAGUAGAGCCGAGAAAAUCAGAUCAUGACAUCUCCUCUGCAGGCCUGCCCUUAACCGAAACUGCACCGAAAAGUGACCAAACUAAACCGCCAACAUCAGAACAGACCACAGUGAUCAUUCCUACGCUUACAAUGCAGGAGCCCUCUAUUGACGAAGACAUUAAGGAGUCUGGCAAAGAAGAAUCCAGACUUUCACCUAUGGCAGACAAAGAUGAUGUCAAAACAGAAACCACAACUGCACCUCUCGCCAAGCCAGAGCCCUCCUUUGACAUUGUCACAUCAAAGGAGGAGAUGUCCUCUACUCCAAAGCAAGAGCCAGCUUCUGACAUCCCAGCUGCUAAAACAGAACCAGUGUCAGACUCAACUGAGAAAAAGCCUGCAUUGUCAACAGUAUCAAGCACAGACAGUCAACCCAGGAGCUGCACACUUUCAAGCACUGAGAGUCAGUCGAGUGUGGAGGAAACACCACAACAAGAGAAACAGAUACCGUCCCAGACAAGCCCAGGAGUUACUGACACAGAAAAAACUAAGCCAGAUGAGAAACCAAGGAAGGAAGCAGAAAGGGAGAUGGAGGGAGAACGAGAGGUGGCUUCUCCAGGAUUUUCACGACCUUGUUCAUAUUUUACGCUGGAUAGAGAUUCUGAGGAGGCUGGACACCCUGAUGCUGCAAAAUCAGAGCCUGCAAAAAUUCAGAGUGGUGACAAAGUAACCUCAGAGAAGGAGGCUGUCAGUGGAAGCCUGAAAGAUGAAAAGGAAACCUUUGGUGCAUCCAAGUAUGAUCCAUAUGAAAAGCCCAUCUCAAAAGAUCAAGACUUAGACUCUAGAGAAGAGCCUGAGGUUUCUCUAGGUUUUGAUCACACCUCUGACAUCGGUAUUGAUGAUAACAGAAGAACAAGCCAGACAGAGGCUGGAGGAGCCAUGUUCCUCCUUGACGACCAAUACAAAGAAGAGCCGUUGUCGUUCAGCAGAGUCGACUACAGCCCAGUGUCCCUCACAGAGAGCGAAAGAAGCAGCCACCAUAGUCGAAGUGCCUCUCCUAAAUAUGAAGACAGGGAGAAAGGCCAAGAGGAAGAGAGUGAAAGAGAGGAAAGACCAGAUACACCUUAUGUUGAGAAGAGCUUUUCAUCCAUAGACAUGCAAGACAACAAAAUGUCCCAAGCUGCUGAGUCUUAUUCUUUCACUCCUAAAGAAGACAAACCUGAGAAAUCGGAGAAAGAGAAAGAUGAUAUGAAGGAAGGUGCUGCAGCAGCUCUGCAACCUGGGGCAACAGGAGAAAGUGAUAAAGUUUCUACCAGCGCUGCCAUUCAAUCAGCAGGCGUUUCAUUAAGACAAGAAACGCCCUCUCCCUCAUGGAGCCAAACAGAUCUUGGUGCCCAGGCCUCAGCUACUCCUGUAGCUUUUGGAGACUUCACAGAGAAGAAAACAUCUGAAAAAGAGAAGGAAAAAUCUGCUGAGUCACUGAAAGAAAAAACAGAGUCCUCUGAAAGAGAGGGCUCUCCAUCUGGUCGGCACUCACCUGCAGAAAAAGACAUUUUACCUCAACAAGCAUCACCUUUAGAGAGAGACGAAACAUCAACUGACUCAAGGACAGCUCCUGCAACCACAUUUUUAGGACACGAGAUAGACGAUAAUGUUCUUGCCUCUGAUAACAGUCAAAUUAGUAGCUCUGCCACAUGUAAAUCCAUGUUAGACUUUCCUGAAGGAAAGGAGAGCCUGAUAGAUAAAAGGUUACUUGUAGAGGGAGAAGAUUUCAAUGUUGAUGAUGAUGAAGAGGAAGAUGAGGACGAGGAGGAAGAGGAAGAGGAGGAGUUAAGUGAUGUAGAUAUGGAAAAGGGUGCAAGAGAGCAGUCUGAAAAAGAAAUGUGCAGACGUAGUCCUGAUGAUAGCGCUAAGUUGGCGGAGGUAGAGGACUCAAAUAAGAAAUCACAGUUGCCUGAAUCAGGCUUCCUUAAAGAGGAAACAGUUUGUAAACCAUCACCUGAUGAUGCCUCAGCUUCUAAACUCACAGAGACAGACAAACAGGAUAUAAGUAAAAAACCACCAUCUCCUGAUGAGAAACCGCUUAAAGCAGAGGAUACAACUGGUGAUACAGCUACACCCAAACCUGCUGAAACAAAGAGUGAAGAUGUAGGCAAAACAACUCCAUCUCUAGGCCUGAGCGCUCACAAAGCAGAGGAAAUAUGUGUUUCUACACCAGAAGCCCAAAAACUUCCUGAAACAAAGAAAGCAGAGGAUACAGACAAAAAGCAUUUGUCCCCCGAAGCAACCACAAAGAGAAGGCUGUCAUCAGCAGAAGAUAUAACCUCCUCUGAAGUAGCAGAGUCAAAAAAAGGAGAUGAAGACAAAGGGUCUCUAUCUCCAAGCUUUUUGACAAAGGAAACUUGUCAACCAAUAUCCACGAGCAGCUUGAUAAGCAGCGCUUUACCAACUGAUCAUUCAGAGGCCAAGCCUACGUCUAGUCCCUCCCCUCCGCUAACAGGCAGCUAUGCUGAUAUCGGACAGAGCAGAUCUGGAGAUUAUUCUGAGCAUUUUUCCAGUGAGGAAAGUAAAGUAGAAUUUAGGGAGGAUAAGAAAGAUACCUCUGAAGGAUCCAAGCUAAGUGAUGACAAAUAUUACAGCCAAAGAGGCAUCCAAGAAGAAAGUUCAGAUGAGAGGCAGACCCCAGAUAUCCCCACAAAACAUGAGGAAACUACCUCAUCAGCUUGCACGUAUACCACCUUAACGUACUCUACUUCAACAUACUCUUCUACAUCGUAUAGUUACUCAUCCUCAGCCUCAACUUCUGCCUCUUUGAGCCAACAGUUUGGAGACAAAGCUGAAACUUUCACAACAAUAUCAAGCUCUGAAGUACCUCUAGUCAAAGAGGAGUCAUCGUUCACAAAAGCAUCUACAAGCUCCUGCUUUGGAGGAUUUCAGAGAGAUGAGUACAUGGAAGUGACAUCAAAACCUGCAACAAAAAUGUCUUUACUCAGUCAAUUUGAGGAGACCAAACCAUCAUCUCCAGUCUUAUCUACCACUGCCAAACAGACUGAAGAUCCAGUUAGUUCUGCAAAGCCUGAAGCAGACACAAAGUCAAGCACUGAUAGUUUUUAUAUGCUAGAAACAAAGAUUAUAACAUCCACCGCAGCACCAUCUCUACAACCUACUGACCCAGUAAAGGUGUCAGAGAGCUUAUCCACAUCAGAGGCUCAUUUUGAUGUCUCUCCUCUCCAAAGGGCUGACUCCUCUGACAGGGGGUCCCAAGGGUCAGCAGAAGACGAGGAGCCUCAUACACUUGAAAUGGAGGACAGCACCCUACCAUGUCGUAUUGAAUGUCAAAAAAUCAAAGUGGCUGAGCAAAAAGAGACAAUUUCAUCAAUAACUGGGUCACAUGUGGUAGAAAGUACCACACACGCUGUAGAGACGAAGACUGUCACCAUCACCUCUACUACUGUUGUGUCUAAACCUGACGUGGUGUCGCAAACAACUCAACAGACAUCCUCAGUUACUCCACUGAGUGACAGUGGAGCUACCAAAACCUCAUGUGCCAUAACAGAUGUGUCCAAAACAGGAGAGGAUAAAGAGAAGAAGGAGAAAACAUCAGAGGCAAAAGAAGAAAAGACAAGUGGAGCUGCUGCGCCUUUGAAGGAAGAUGCGAAGGUGGCAGAGAAAGAAACAAGUGAAAAAGAUGAAAAGACAGAGGCUGCUAAAAAAGAUGCUGAAGUCAAGCUGAAAACAGAGGAAAAGAAACUUGAAGAAAAGAUGUGUAAAGACAGCACAGAGGAGAAGAAAGCUACAACUGAUCCAAAGAUGUGUGAAAAAACAGAAGUUGGGAAGGGAAGUGAGCUGGAAAGAGUAGAAGAGAAAAGCCUGUUGGAUAAGCCACCAGAGAGAUUAGAAGUUAGAAGAAAGAGCAGUAUAUCUGACUGGGAGCUGCUACAGAGGCCUGACGACUGCCCAAGUGUCCCUCCUCCAGGUUAUGGUGAUGAUGAUGAGGAAGAGGAGGCAAUGGAAGCGAUGGAAUGGAUGAGCAGUGUCCACAGUACCUCUAUGUCCUCCUCAAAGGAUACCUAUCACACAGACACAUCUGGGAAAGGAGACGUAAAGACCGAUCGUCCCUCUGACUUGAACACUGGUGCCACCUCCUCCUCUGCCUCCCCUCCAGGCUACUCCUCCUGCGAAUAUAAACAUCGCAAAGGAGAACUGUCUCCAUCGUUCAUCAACCCCAGUCCUCAUCAGCUCUCCAGCGACGAGGGCGAGGAGGACGGCCGCAGUGACCACUUCCAGGAUGGGGACGAGGACGAUCAGGAGCAGCACUCUGUGAAAAGGAGGUCGCACAAGCAGAGGCACCACCACGCUCAGAGUUACCAUGGAGAUGCUGGGUCACACCAGCUGCCCGGGGCCAUGUCAUCCGGUUUGGCUGUGACAUUAGCCGGAGAGGAAACACCUCCGACAUCAGCAAGUGAAUCAUUGCCAUCGCAGUCGGAUUCUGACGUUCCUCCAGAAACCGAAGAGUGUCCGUCCAUAACUGCUGAAGGAAAUCUGGACUCAGACGAAGACGCUGAACAUCUGCCGGUGGACAAACUGUCUGCAUCUGGAGGGGGCCACCAUCCUCCAUCACCAAGAUCAGCUCAGAGGACUCACGACCCCCCCCCAACCCCAAUGAAGGACCCUUAUCCUCAUCCUCCCCACCCAGACGUGUGCAUGGUAGAUCCAGAGGCUCUUCUCAAUGACCACAGCAGCACAGAGAAACUUCUCAAAAAAGAGCACAAAACCACCAAGGGCCUCAGAAAGGGCAAACCCAAGUCUGCCUCCCCUGCUCGUAAGGGGGAGGUCAGGAAAAGGUCCUCUACUCCAGUGAAGCAGUCUAAAGACUCCGCCUCACCACGAUCAGCCUCCCUCAGGAGGAAGGACACAGAGAGAAGCUCCAGGCUGAUCAAGAUGUCUGAGACUCAAGGCUCCAGGACUGAGAUCCUCAAUCCAGGAAAAGGCUUGGUCAAUGGAGUCAAGAGCAGUUCAGGUAACAACUCACAGAAAACAAGUUCAGCCGUUCCACCUGGACCACCUGUCUAUGUCGACCUGGCCUAUGUGCCCAACCACUGCAGUGCCAAGAACGUGGACCAGGAAUUCUUCAAGAGAGUGCGGGCUGCGUACUACGUGGUGAGUGGGAACGACCCGGGCAGUGGAGAGCCCAGCCGUGGAGUCCUGGACGCCCUGCUGGAGGGCAAAGCUCAGUGGGGCUCCAAUUUACAGGUGACUCUGAUCCCGACCCACGACACAGAGGUGACCCGGGACUGGUACCAACAAACCCACGAGAGGCAGCAGGACCUGAACAUCAUGGUUCUGGCCUCCAGCAGCACCGUAGUCAUGCAGGAUGAGUCGUUCCCUGCCUGCAAGAUCGAGUUCUGAGCUUCACGAGCCUCGCUGUGCUCCCCACACCCCUUCCCCAUCCUCCACCGCCCUCCCUGUCAUCUGUUCACAGUGAAGAUAGUGCGAGAGCAAACAGCACUCUCUGCUUCUUCAAAGUUUCUCGCUCUCUCAUGGUACCAGUCUCAAACACAUUUGCUGCAGCCCUCGAUACACUAGAUUCUGUUAGCUGAAAUCAAAGUCAAACCUCUGGGUUUAUGCUUUCUGUGACAGUGGGGUUAUCACGCCAGUAAAAUCGUACUUAUAUGUUUGUUUUCUUCUGUGAGUUAAAUGUCUGCCCUAACACACUUCUUACACUAGCACUAACAAUUGUAGUACAAGUUCAAAUCAUUUCCAACAACAUAAUCAUACUUGACAGCUUUCUUUGCCUCAUAUCGUACAGACAAGUGGACAUCAUAAUCCCACAAAUGCAUAAUACCACAGGUAAAUUACAGAUUAGUAAAAUGUAGCUCUUACACUUGUGGCUCAAAAUUAACUCAGAAAUUAAAUACUCCCAAGUGGCAAAUAUCUCACCCAGAAGGCCAAAAUAAGUGCCAAAACAACGAUUCUUAUUAAUUAACUUCUCCAAAAUAUCCCCUAAAUUAUCUCCAGCAAUCAAUCAUUUCUUAAGAUUGUAUGCACAGUGUUUUUAUAGAGUAGAUUUUUUUUGGUUUGUUUCUUAAUUUGAAGCCUUUUACAUCAAUGUGCAGAACAAAACCCAUCCUUUUCGAUUCUGUUCACACCACACUAGUGUUUGGAUUAACUCAACAAUGACAUAAAUUGAUGUUAUAUUUAAAGAAAAAAAAGAAAGAAAGAAAUGUUCCUUCUUGUCAUUUGUGGUGAAGUUUUAGGAGGUGCCUAAAGUUGCCACUCUUUGAAAUCUUUCUUCUCGGCUUUCACAGCUUAGCUGGUGCAUGAUGCUUGCAUUUUAGCUCGGACUCUUUCAGAGAGAACUGCAUAGGGUUAAUCCUUAAUUUAGCCAGCCUUCAAGUGUGGAAUGCAGUAUAGUGUAGAUAGGUUACUACACUGUUUGGCUGUCUAUGCUCAAGUGAAUUCAUUAGGCGCCAGGCAAAGGGACGAUGUUUCUACACUAAUCAUAUCUCUGCUGGAUGUAAUGGUUCUUCUUUAAGUCUUUAUCAUGGUCUUUGUUGGUUGUAUGUACUCCAGUAUACAUAUAGGGUAAAUGUUUCUAUAUCAAUACAGAGGUUAUGUUACAUAAAUGAUAUAUUUUGUGAUGAUGCAGCAAAUUAUGAUCCUGAGGUGAAUGCAGCGUUUUUGAUCAUGCAUUUUGAGAGGGUUUGAUUAAUAUUUCCAUCAUUUCCUCCUGUUCAGAUACAUUUUACCGUCUCUGUCGAUAUCACAAAGCGAUGGGAAAAAUAACGAGCAGUGACCUGUGACAAAUGUAGCAAAGAAAGCUUGUCUGUUCAUCCCUUCAGGGGGAACAAUUUGCCAGUAGGAACUGCAAUAUUUAUAUGUAGUAUUGGGGUUAUUUUUCAGGAGAAAAAAAAUAUGUGAAGUGCGUUACAGGAGGCUUCUUUCAUGUGCCUUUAGCUUGUGGUUUUGGAGAGAGCGGGAUAUUUUAAGGACAUUUUGAAGCAGAGCCAGAAACCAGGUUAAAUCAGGUACACGACUUUGAAACAGAGGACCAAUCAGUUCAUACAGUACACACACAAACUGUAUCCACUCCCAGGAUAGUACACUAACAUUGUUCAAACUUUGGAAAUAACUUUGGAGCUCUAAAAUCCAAUUAAGCAUUAAUUCCUCAACCUGAAAACUUUCAAACCAAUAUGAAUGUCUUCGAGCAAGGUAUUGCACCAAAUAGGAAUGCACUUUUAGAAGUCGGGCGUUUGUUUGUAGUUGAAGCACAGAGAGUUAGAGUAGCAGCAGAAAAUAACUUCUCACUGUAAAAUAAAAUGAUGUACAAGAUGUCCCUCCGAACUGAGCGUGCUGCCAGUGAGGGACGACAUCUUAAUAUGAAGCGAAUAUUAAUCCCAGAGUAAUAUUUAUAGAAUGAGCAUGAAUGUGAUGAUUAUGAUUGUACUAGACGCAGUUACAAAAUAGGAAUGUUUUAGAAGUAGUUUUGUGUGUGUGUAUACGAUACACACUGAAGAGCUGUUUUUCUAACGCAGCAUGGUUUGUUUCUGUAGGUUAUGUGGUGAUUGAGGUUUUUCUGUGGGUUCAAAGUAAAAGGUCUUUCUGCUUGUUCACAGCCGGACACGCAUUGUAUGCUCACAUUAAAUUUACAUGAGGCCAAGUUUUAGUUCUUGAGAGUAACAGAUUUACAUUUGCAUUUAAUUCUGGUUUAAUUUUCUCUACAUUUCUGCAGAGAACACAAAUCUAAUUUUUUUUUUUUUUUGUUUACAUUUCAUUUUUGUCAAAAUAAGAAAUAGAUUUAUGCCAAGAUUGCUCAUCUUAGCUCAUGCUUUUUGUUUAUGCUUUGUUCUCUUACUUUUUUUUUUUUCCUUUUUUUUUUUUUGAAGACAGAAUUGAAGCUAAGGGACGGGCCAGGCUGGGUGAAGCAGGGCAGGCUUGGAUUUCCAGAAAGGACUUUGUUUGAGCUAUCGAUGACAGGCUGAUUGUCAGAAUGUUGCCAACUAAAAGCAGGGAGGAUCCUCUGCUUACACCUAGUUCUUUACCUCAGUCUGACUGAAAAUAUAGAAGGAACUUUAGAACAUCCUUUAGAAGGCUAGAGUAACUUGUCAGCUUGUGCUAGCCUUGGAUCAGUGCCAUUUUCUUUCCCUGUAAAACUCACAGCACUAGCACUACUUUAUACCUCAUCUUCCAAAGCCUCCGUGCUCUUUGCUCUGCCUGGCCUCCAUUUACUUUCAAAGCAAAGAUAGCUGAUUUACAAGGUUGCCACUGAAUGUUUUUCCUUUUUUUUCUUUAGCAUAAUACCUGUCUGUCAUGCACUGUGUAAGCCUUGAUAUGCACCUCAUUUCUUGUGAUGUUUCAGAGGCAAACAUUGCUUUUUUUAUCCCACUGAGGAGAAUCUAAGUUUGAUGCAGUUUGUAUAUUAAAUAGCUGGGUACGCACAAGUACACACACACACCCUACUCUGGAGGGAGCUGAAUAACUGAAGGGCACAUUGGGACAAUUAAAGUUCAAAAUGACUCCCUGUUUCAGUUCACACCUGGAUGUUUUUGAAAUGAUCAAACAAAAAGUCCUGUUCACCCUUUCCUCAAUGCUGUAUGGAAAUGUGUCCGAAACAGGAAGAAGCUUUUAUUGUAUGGAUCAGAUUUUAUGGAUGGUCUGAUGUGUUGUACUGUCUUUGAAUAAUGUUUUUAAGUUGGCAGAUUCCAAAUACCCGGCCUUGAGAUAUUCAAGGCAUUAGCAGAACGCUGUGAAUCACUCAAUACUGAACUGUAUGACUAUACAGAAGCUGAAUGCACUAUAGAGGAGAUCUAUUUUUCUGAAUGUAGAGUUGGUACUACCAUAUGAAUGCUGCUGGAUCAAAACAAUAGACAAAGAAAAAAAUAAAAACAAACAAAAAAAAAAAAUAAAACAUUCACACCAACUUAGACAAAUAAAUUUUAAGGGAGCACAGAACGUGGGCAGAUCUGUUUUCUGUUUUGGCAAACUGUCAUUUCAGAUAUAGUUCUGUUCCAAAGUAAGAGAAAAGUUUGGUUUUUGAACUGAGAUCCCACAACAAACAUAUUAAAAGUAACACAGAAAUAGUAAUAACUGCAGCUGCAACUUUUUCCUUUUCCUGAAUAUGACUUGAAACACAUGCAGACUCAAAAACCAUCAAUAAAAUUAAACAAAUGCUACAUGUACAAUGUACUGUACACAGAAGUGUACAAAACCUGAAAAAUCUGAAAGAUAUGACAAACUAUCCGUCUUGUGAUACCUGUUCAUUUUAGCUGAUUUUAGUGACAGUAUGGUCAAAACUGCUAACUAUUCCUUGAACCAAGAAAAACACACUAAACGCUGACAAGAAACAGAAAGAAAAAAGUGCAUCUUUCAGUUCAAUUUCAUCGCCAUAUCUGUAUUAAAACAAAGAUAUCAUUUGAUCAUAAUAUGGUGUCAUCUGUCCAUCUACUCUUUCUGCAUGUGAUUUAUUUAGUUAUAAUACUGAAUGUAAUUGUUUAACAUGGAAAUAAUAAAAAAUACAAUGCUAUUUUAAAGAGGUAUAUUUGAAAAAAGCUAAUUGUCUUAACUGGUACUGAAAUGACCUACAGUAAUAUAAUACUGGGCUGUGCUUUUAUUGUUUGCCCUAUUAACAUGUUGUUAAGAAGACGCUGUAUUGGUAGUUCUGUUUGAUUCUCUCUCUCUUUUUUUGCAUUGUAUUAAUCUUAGUUAUGUUUUUCUUCCUCAGCGCAAUAUUCAAUAUCUCUGUCUCUUUAAAUCUAACUGGUUAAACUAGAACUACUGCAGAUUCAUUGUAAAAGGGAAACAGCCUGGUGAUCAUCAAUUAAAGUACAUUUAAAUCUAA